AGAGCCGUACGUCCCGGUGCGCAGGAAUCGCUGCCCUCCAGUCGCACUCCGUGUGCUGGCAUGAAGUUGACCGUGACGGCCCCCUGCCGCCGGCUCCCUCUGGGUCUGUGCUAUGUUUAACACGGGAGCGCUCAGGACGAAAAAGUAGGACCGGUGCUGCAAGAAUUACCUGCUGCGCGAGCCGUCGGGGCACCUCACGGAUUCAGCGUCACGGCGCGCGGCGGCGGGAUUAUGGACGCGUCGGAGACACGGAGAGAACGAUGCGCUCCUGCCCGGUGCACUGGGAGGACCAGCUGUUCCAAACAGGCUCGGUGACAUGCCCCCGCGCUGGAGGAUAAUUGGAGGCGCUGUCUCUUGGAUUAAGUCUGCUGGAAUAUUUAUAGAUUAACAAAACAAACAGUUUUAAGAAUGGUGAUAGAAAAGAAAUAACGUUGCGGUAAACACGAUGGACUAUCCACGGAAAAAGAAGUUGACAUACUUCACCAUCGGGCUCAUCUUUCUUCUUAGUGGUGUGGAAUAUGCUGUGAUAUUGCCUACUAUAUGGAGGUACCUGCAGACUCUAGGCGCUGCGCCCUACUUCCUGGGUCUGGGCCUAUCAGCAUUCAGCUUAAGUGGCCUCCUGUCAGGGCCGCUGUUUGGCCACUGGUCUGACAGAACACGAACCACCAAGAACAUCAUCCUAUUUGCCAACCUGUUUGAGAUAGUUGGUAAUUUCAUGUAUUUCAUGGGCUACUCCAAGUGGCUCUUACUGUCAAGCAGACUAGUGGCAGGAAUUGGUACAGGGGCCGGCUCAUCCAUAUUUGGCUUCCUGACCAGAAGCACUGCCCCGGAGGACCGCUCCACAGUAUUUGCUGCUGUCAUGGCAUGCCGACAGGCUGGCCUUCUGAUUGGUCCAGCUUUCAACAUUUUCCUGAGGCUGUGUGACUUCCACCUGGGGCCUUUUGUGGUCAAUAAAUACACUGCACCUGGGCUGUUCAUGUGCCUGCUGUGGAUUCUCCUCCAACUGGCUGUGGUCUUCAUGUACUGGGACAUUCCACCUCUGGAGAGGGGGGAGGUGGGGCAGAGCUCUACAGGGAGGGGCGGGGAGGUGGAGGGUGGCAGCGGGCCAGUUGAGGGGGACAAGGACGAGGAAGGGGACGAUGAUGAAGGCAAGCCACUAAUGGGACCUCACGAGCUGUUGGGAUCCUACGGCUCAGUGGGGACACCCGACCCGCCCAGGAAACAUGUCUCAACCGUCUCCAAUGGCAACCUGUCUCACAUCUCACCACCUCCCUCCCCCCCACCACAAGAAGCGGAGGAGUCUUCCAGCCCCUUUAAAAAUUUCAGCAUCAGACGAGAGUUCCUGAGAGAGGAGGUGGUUGUGCUGCUCGCUGCUCAGUUCAUCACGCUGUUCAAUCAGACAGCACUGGAGACCAUGGUGACCCCACUGACCCAGAAGUACUUCAACUUCGGGGAGCUGGAGAACAGCGUCAUGUACUGCAUCUGCGGUGUGGAGGUGAUCACGGGCUUCCUCUUUGUGCGCUGGCUGAGCCGGCGUUUUGCUGAGCGCGUGGUUCUGGCCGUGGGUCUGAUCAUCUGCAAUGUGUCCUGUGUGUGGUGCAUCAUCUUCCUAGCUAAGCCACUAGGAGGCUUCCCAUGGCAGCUGACAGAGUUCAUCAUAGGGGUUUUCCUGCAGGUCUUAGGGCUGCCAUUUGUAGCCGUGGCCCAAGUCUCCCUCUUCUCUAAAGUUACCUCUGAGAAAACACAAGGUUUCUGUCAGGGCGUACGUCGCUCAGUUGGGGGUUUAGCCACCAUCUUGGGCCCCCUGUGGGCCGGAGGCCUCACUGAAAACAUGUACAUCAUGCUGGGGGUGAUGAUGGCACUAUUGGCACUGUUGACGAUGAUGAUGUUCCUCUCAUAUGACCGGCUGGUGGAGCCUGCUGUGGUGGAACAUGCAGAGAAUCCCGACAGCUGUGGUUAAACCACCAGGUGUUUGAUGCAGGGAUGGAUACACAAGUGGGACGUUCCUGUCCAGCACAGAGUCCCUCCACGGUUCAAUCACGUUGGGGCCCCGUGGGACCAAAGACCAGGGUACAAACCCCCAACAUCCCAGGCUUCAUCUCUCUCCCAGUUCUCCCCCCACCCUGACAUGAUGAACUGGUCCAGUGGAAAUAUUUCCCAUGGAAAUAUGGAAUCGGCUGACCCUGCACACAAGCUGCGGAUCAAAUCCUUCUUCACCCAUCCUUUUGCGUCAUGCACACAGUGCAGACAACAAAUUCUCUAAGUGUAUUAGUGGAAGCACUAAAACAUUUAUUGCUAAAUUAACUAACAUGUCACAUGAUGGAGGCAUCAAUUGUGUCUUUAUGCUGAACUGUGUCCUUGUGCUGGAGGCAAGCAGAUCAGCUGAGUGGACUUUUAACCAACAUGACUUUGUGGAUGGAUACGUCAUACCUCACUCCCAUCUAAUGCAAACAGGGUGAUGAAAUUACCAACACGACCUAGCAGGGUUUUAAAAUUAGCACUCACUAAAUGCAGGUAAAUAUUUGCAGUGGCAGGUAGAUUUUCUUUAGUCUGCCAGACACGGUGGCCCACACAGUCACAAAGCUACAAACCAGCAAACAAACAAAGUAGACAAAGUAGAAACACCUAAGAAAGAUUAUUUAAUGAAAAAAACCCUUAAAGUUAACCCUUUGAAACUUGAGCAAAUUUGCUUGUUUUUUUUUUUUUUUUUUUUUCAAAAACAUGGGCAGAAAGCAUUUAAAUUACUAGAAAAUAAUUGGAAAAUUUCCCAAAAAAAGGUAAGAAAAGAAAAUGCAAAUUGAAAAAGAAAAAAGAAAUUAAAAAAAGAUAUACCUAUAAUUACUGAAACUAUAUAUCUAAACAUCAGGUAAGUGAUGGUGGAUUGUUGUCACAUUAUGCUCAGACACCUCUCACAAAGACAGCGGGUCUUGAGUAGGCACAAAAAAUCCCUGUGUAAUGUAAUUAUUGACAAUAAACAAGUGGCUGGUAAAAAUAAAAAAAUCUGUGUGGUUGGUAAAAUUUGGGCGUCCACCAGACACUGUGGCAGAUGGACCAAAGAGUUCAUCUGCCACUCUGGGCAACUUUCAAGGUGGAAACCUUUGUAAGUGGUUGUUAAGUUUGCCUGCUCUGCUUUGGUGAAGCAGGCUUGGUUCUGUUCUGGGUAGUUUGGCUGUUAGAUUACUGACAGAAGGGUUGGAUAUUAGGGUGCUGAUAAAUCACGCUGAUAGUGGCAUGAAACAAAUAUAGAAUAUCAGUCACUCCUGUUGUCUUGAUACGAUAGUUUCCUCCCUGACCACAGAGGAAGUUUGCAGUGACACAUGGUCUAUAAAGAUACUGAAUAUUGGGGUAAAACAUCAGCUGCAUGCUAAAAAGAAUGGCAUUGGCCCUCAGAAACCCUUAGUAGAACCCUAGCAAAGAGAUGCUGUUGAAAUAUUUCUAUAUUAUUAUUUAUAUAAUAUAUUUAUUACUUGAAAUACACCAUUAACCGCACACAGAAAAAGAAUGGUUCUAAAAUAGUUCUGUGAAGAACCAUCAUCUGCUAAAGAACCACUUAAUUUAGUGCAUGAUUCCCCAUUUGGAAAAAAAAAAACAUUUGACAAGGCUUCUAUAUUGAAUAUGUUGGCUCCUCCAAGAACUAAUUUCAAACAGAUCUAAAGUUCUUUGGAGAAUGUUUCUGCACAACAGCAAAGAACCUUUCUGAUGGGUUUUUGAAGAUGCUUUGGGGGUUCUUUGAAGAGCUGUUCUUUAAAUAACUGUCAUCUGAAAGGUGCUUUGAGGAAUCAGAAAUGUUCUUGUGUAGCUCUACUAUUUUCAGUUCCAGGUAACACUGGAACACUUUAUUUUUCCUCUAAGAAAUAGGAAUGAACUGCUGUUUCCAUAUCUUUUCUCUUCCUUUUUUGAAGAAGCAUUACUGGUUUGUCAAAGAACAGUGUUUUUGGCUCUUAGAGGCACCUUUGAAGCACUUGAAGAAAUUGUACUCCAAAGUGCCAUGGUUUAAGAGGUUCUUUGUGGAACCCGAAAAGGUUCUACUAUGAAAUCACAUUUUCGGUUCCAGUUGGCACCUUUAUUUUUGUGCAUAUAUGGACAGUGGAUAAGAUAGUUUCAGGCUUUGAACAGAGCUAAAGGGUUUGAGUUGGUUUGUUUGUUGGUGCUUAUGUAGUACCUCUUUUCACCACUGGAGGGAGCCCUAAGUCUUUACAAAACAGAUCAUCAUCAUCAUCAUCAAUACUGGGCCUGGGCUGGGACUGUUCCCAUCAGUCCCAAAGAAGUCAUUUAGGGAAAAAUCAAUGUUAAUGUUUUUUUCUAAAUGUUGACAAAUGUAUUACAAAAUUAAAAUGACUUGAUUGA